AUGGGCAUCCCCCACCUGACAACGGCUCACAUGGAGAUGACCUCCCCGCCGCCCCUGAAAUCCAAAUCCAACCCGCACACCAGCCCCUCCAACGUCGACUACAGCAUGACCUCGCCGCUGCACGCCGACGGCAGCGACUUUCCGUGCAAGGGCUACCUGUCACUGCUCGGGUCCCCGGACGGCCAAGCCGUCGCCACCUGGACCGCCGGCGGCACCUACAACUUCACCGUCGCCGGCGGCGCGCCCCACGGCGGCGGCUCGUGCCAGGCCGCGCUGUCCGUCGACGCCGGCCGGACCUUCCGCGUGCUGCACAGCUACGAGGGCGGCUGUCCCGGCCUGUCGCCGCAGAGCUCGUUCGGCUUCGUCCUGCCGCACGACGUGCCGGCUACCAAGGGCGCCGUGUUCGCCUGGACGUGGUUCAACAACCUGGGCAACCGCGAGAUGUACAUGAACUGCGCCGUGGUGGAUGUCGCGGGUGGCAGCGGCGGCGGGGGGAGUGAGAAGGUUGCGUUUGGCAGUCGCCCGGUGAUUUUCAAGGCCAAUGUUGGCAACGGGUGCAGGACGGUGGACUCGGCGAACGUCAAGUUCCCCGAUCCUGGUCCGGAUGUCGAUGCUAAUGGGCCGGCCACGCCGCCGACUGGGAGCUGUGGUGCUGCCGCAUCUUCGGGGGGGGAGGGUGGUUCCGGGUCUGGGGCCGGUGAAAACGCUUCCCCGACCGCUCCGGGACAGUCGCCUUCUGAGACUGUCAGCCCGCCUGCUCCGAACCGCACAUCACGUCCCAUUCCGACCCCGGUUGUUGGUAGUUCUGGAACUGAGUGGACCCCGGGCAAUGACUGGCCAGACUGGUUCCAAUCUCCGGCCGCGAGGCCCUGCUGGGGCGCCUACCUCGCCGUGUUUCUGUGGACAAUGCUUUUUGCAUACUACAUGAGCUAA